GCGGCACGGUGAGGCAGUGGCUGAGGCUCCGCGGGUGGGGAGUGUCGACGGCCUCCCGGGACCUAAGGGUGGUCGGAAGCCGGCGUCCUCGCGGCCUCGACGGCACUGAGGCAACCUGCCGGCCGCGGAUGGAGGGGCCCGCGGAGUUGGAGCCCCAGGCGGUGUUGCGCUUCCUCGCGGAGCGCGGAGGCCGGGCCCGGCACGCGGAGCUGGUGGGGCACUUCAGGGGCGCCCUGGGCGGCGAGCCGGAGCAGCGCGCCCGCGCCCGCGCCCGCUUCAAGGAGCUGGUGAACGCCGUGGCCACGGUGCGCACCGACCCGGCCGACGGCGCCAAGUACGUACACCUCAAAAGGAAGUUUUGCGAAGGCUCCCAGCCGGCCGGGGCCGCGCCCCUCCAGGUCCCGCCCUGCGUCUCGGGCACCGCGGAGCACGCGCCCCCCGCGGGGACACCGGACCCACCGGAGGAGCCGGGGGAGAGUGGCCUGGGCCCCGAGGAGCCUCUGGGUCGGGGUGUCGAGCCCGGCGAUGGGAGACCCCCGCCGCCGCGCUCGUGGCGAGACCUGGAGCGAGAAUUUCGGGUGCAACCUGCAGCCUCUGCCGCGGGGCCUGGCCCCAGAACUUGGUGGAGACCCGGCGCCCCCAGCUGCAGGGAGACGCACGCAGGCGGCUUCCCCGGGGAGGUCGCCACCCUGAAGAAUCCCCGCCAGAACGCUCGCGACCUGGCGCCGGGCAGCUCCCCGCAGCUGAAGAGGAGCGCCGGUCCGGGCGGCGGCCCCGCGGCCGCCUCCGGGGGAGGACGCGGCAGAGGCGGGGGCGACUCGGAUGACGUCUCGGUCGCUUCGUCGUCGGCGGAGGAGGAGAGCGGCGGCGGGGCCUCUGUGGCGCUGGACCCGCUGGAGCACGCCUGGAUGCUCUCGGCCGCGGAAGGCCAGUGGGACAGCCUGGAGGGGCUGCUGAGCAGCGAUCCAGGCCUCCUGGCCAAGCGGGACUUCAUCACUGGCUUCACUUGCCUGCACUGGGCCGCCAAACACGGCAGGCAGGAAGUCCUGGCCUUGCUGGUCAACUUCGCCAACAAGCACCAAAUGCCCGUGAACAUCAACGCCAGGACGAGCGGAGGCUACACUGCCCUGCACUUGGCCGCCAUGCAUGGGCACGCGGAGGUGGUGAAGCUGCUGGUGGGGGCCUACGACGCAGAUGUGGACGCGCGGGAUUACAGUGGGAGAAAGGCCGCGCAGUACUUGAGUCAGAGCACCGCUGAGGAGAUAAAGAACCUGGUGGGAGCCCUGGACCUGGACCACAGAGAGAGCGCCGCGGGCGGUGGCGGUGGGCGCUGGAGGUUUUCAAAGGUGCUCCCUUCGCACCUCAUCACCUACAGACUCUCGCACAUGCCAGAGGAUGGAGGAGAUCCCCACCACCACUUGGCUGAGGGAUUGGCUGGAGGCAAAGUAAAGGAGCCAGGUCGUAAAGCCUCUGGCAAUUCUAGUGGAAGGAUCAAACCCAGACUCAACAAAAUGCGCUUUCGAACGCAAAUCGUCCAUACCACACCAUCAUUCAGAGACCUAGAUCAGCCUCUGGAGGAGGGAGAGGAGGAGGAGGAGGAGGAAGAUGACCACUCUCUUAAAGGCCACUCUUCAUUCAAGUUGAGACCGAAGUCCAACGUAUUUGGGUAAAACUGUCUUUCAGAAAAUUACGAAGUUUGUCUUCACGGAUAGACUAUUAGAUAUAGGUAAGGAUGUAAGUAAGGUCAGAAGUCACUUAGGCUAAAUUCUGUGUUCUGAGUUGGGGAAGUUGGAAUGGGGAGCACUUCAUCAAACCUUGACCUGGUACCUUUGCACAUGCCACCCUCUUCCCUGCCUUCCCUCUUUAUCUGGGGAUACAGAAUUGAUGAUUAAGAGUUCCUUUGCUUUAACCAUUCUUGGAUACCAUACAAAGUAAGAAAUACAGCACUUGGAAGUAUCUCUUGUUUAAAGGUGGUUACGCUCCCAGCUCCCAAAUACAAAUUGCAAUGAAACCGACAGUAUCUUUAAGGGUGAACAAAAACUGCACGCAGCCCUCGUUGAUUGGAUGGUUGGUGGUUUUUUUUUGCUAGUUGCAUUUUAAGUGACUAUGGAAGGACAAGUCAGAGUUGAAAUGCAGAAAUACUAAUUAAAGAAUAAUGAGUAUGGAAAUCCUGUUACUAUCCUAUUUGUAUUGUUAAGUAGUCGAUUUAAGAAAAAAUCAAUUUUGGCUGUAAUCACUGAGCUAAAAUUUAGGCAACAUUCAUUUUUUUAAAUUACUCUAGUACAUUUUCCUCCUGAGUUUCUAAUAGUGUAAAUAACCAAACCAGGUCUUAUUCUCACACCCAGAAAGCCAAACUGAACCCCAAGAAAUGUCUUCAAACAGAGGAGUUUAUUCAUGGUGGCCUCAAGGGAGUCCCCUUUUCCCCCAAAAAAACAGCUCUAGGAAUGGUAGGCAGUGUUGGAAUUACAGAAUUGGGGAAGGAAUGUGAGGGAAGUGCAGGGUUUCACAUUUCCAGGUAGGAAAAGGUUCUGGGCAGUCUGGGCAACAUGAGUGAAGGCAUUUGACUUUCCCUGGAGGGUAUUUUCUCAGAAGAUGUAUGUUUCUGAUGCCACUGUAAACCCCAAAGGGACACAGAAUUUUUAGAGAUGUAACACAGUUUUCCAAGUUCCCAGGAAUGCAAAUAGAGCCAGUUAAUCCCGAAAAGAGGAUGAGGGAAAGAGUUUAAUUCCACUUAUACUAGUUUUUAGGGUAGAGAUUUUUUUUUUUUUUAAUUUAUUUUUGCAAAAUGGAGGAGAUCUGGACACAGUAGCACUGUUUUGAGAAUUCGGUAUGUUGUUAAAAACUACACGAAGUUUUAUGUCAAGAAAAUACUUUUAACAACCCAUGGUACUUUAAAAUGCUGCCUCUGGUUCUAAUUCUUAACUUGUUUUACUAUUUUAAAAGUAAAUAUGCUGAGGUUUUUAUCUUAGGGUCUUAGGAGUAUUGGCUCUGUUUUGCAAGACCCUCCUCUUUGGUGGUGCUUAGAGUUCAGUUGACUAUAGAAACCAUUUCUGGUUUUGGUGAUUAACAAAAGUUGACAUAAACAUUAGCAAACCUAUGCUUCUGUGAAGUAAUUAUUAAAUCAACUCUGAUUCUCAUGUAAGGUAUGCUUUUUUACUGAUGAAAAUCAUUCAUAGUCUAUGCUCUGUAGCAGUGUAAUUUUAAAGUACUAAAUAAUUUCAGUUUUCAAUACUUUCUUGAAUCCAUUAGUGACACAAUGACAUUAUUGAAAAACUUAGUAUGUCUACCCAGUUAAAAUCAGCGCUUUGUAAACGGGAAAAGAAAAGAAAUGGGACUCUUAUUUUUAAAUGCUGCUGGCUAAUGAAUUCCUUUGUACCUAAAUGAGAAACAUCAGUCAUUAAAAGGUUAUGUGUAUUUCUUUAUGUUUUACUCAAGUAUGUUAGGGUAAAUGCCUUUGUAAUUAUAAAAUUUAACUCACAAAAUUAAAUCUAUUGUAACAAGAUUCAAAACAACUUAUGUGGAAGACUAAUUUCAACAAGUCCUUCUCAGUCUUUUGGAUCUCCUGAUUGGUACCUGCAGCCUGUAGAGAUUAAGCAGUAAGUUAGCAGUUUGCAGUGAAUGAACCAGUAUAUUAAUUGCACAGAACUGCACUGUUUAGUUCUCAGAUCUUUAAUUUCCCAAAUAAUAGAAAUUUGUAAAAAGUUUGUCACUUCUUCAGAUAGCAUUAAUUCACAUAUAUACAAACUGUUAACUGUUGUGUGCCUUUAUUUUUUGUUUUUACAUUAUGGAAAUGGACCAUGAACAUUUGAGAAGCACUUUUUGGCCAUACAUGUAUGUGAAAAAGUUUAUAAUUUUGUACAAAUUAAAAUUAGAUUCAUUGAAGGUAAAAAGCAAUCACUUGCUAUGUAUCAUGUACACUUAGUGCAGAAUAAUCUAUAACGUUCUAUCGAGGAAUUUUGUCAUAAAUAUUAAGUAAAAGUAAAGCGUAAGAAUAUAUCCUCUAGCACCAUUGAAAUGUUCUAUUGAAUAGUAUUAAUGUCUUAAAUAUGUAUGUUAGUAACUAAUCACAUGAAAUCAAUAAUUUGCUACUUAUUUAGAAUUGAGUCAAUACUUAAUAUUCACUAAAGAUUUUCACUUUCUUGAUAAAGCUUAUUUCUUAUAUUAAAUUUUCAAAACUCAUUUCUGCCAGAACUACUUCUAACAUUCUUUAUCAUGAUGUGCUUCUGUGUAAGAAGUGUGGCAUUCUUAACUACUUAGCUGUGUACAUUCCUCUUAUUUUUCAGUUUCCAAAUUGAGAUUAUAUUAAGCAACUAUUGGGCCUCCCCUGUGUCGCAGCCUUUGCAGCGCCAGUUCGAUUCCCUGCCGGCCAGGGAAAUUCCCACAAGUUGUGGCAGACCUCUCCUGUCAUGCCUGCUGCUCCCCUCAGCAGUGUAUUUCGGUCCAUCUGCCUGUUCUGCUCCCCACUCUGUCUCUGGUGAAUCCCUUCACCCUCCUGUGCCUCUGGCCUGUGCCCCAGCUCUUGUAUAAAAAUGAAUCUUAAAAGAAAAAAAAAUACAUAAAGCAACUAUUUGUGCAAUUUGAUAUUUGUGGAAUUGUGUUUACUAAAAUGAGAAUAUGAAUGUCAUUUAGUUAGAAGUUUGUUGGAAAGAAGUUUUGUUUGAAAAUCCAGCUAUGUCCUUGUGUUUCUUAUAAGUACACUGAAACUAGCUAAUGUUUGUAACAAUUCUCUUAUAUGGAAUAUGAAAUGCUGUUAGAUUAUAUACCUUGGAAAUCUCAUACUAUUUUAUUCAUGCCUGAAAUCUUAGAGUCUGGCAGGCCAUGUCUCUUAUUUUUUAAGGAAAACUUUGGGAGUUUAGAAUGUAAAAUUUGUCAAGUUUUGUCAAAAUAAAAGUUUUACACUAAUUUUUUUUCCUCUGAAUUGUCUAAAUUUCAAUAAUCCUUUAUAUUUUUUACCUGUUUUGUAUUAUCCCUUGUCUUCUACCCUUAAUUUACAAAUAAGAACAUGAAAGUUGCUGACUGUAGUGGAUGGCAGUUGGUAUUAACUCCAGGUUCAGCGCUAUUCACAUUAUGUUUUCCACAAUUGAAAUUGCCAAAUUUUGGCAAAACUGCUGCAGUUUGGACUAAUUAGGAGGAAACAAGUAGGGAGUACUUCCAUCACUACCUUAAAAACAUAACAAAAUGAUCCUGUACACACUGUCUACCACAAACCUUUCCUACCCAGACUGGAUAUAAAGAAGUGUCUGAAAUUGCUUUUUUCUCUCUUCUUUAACCUCCAUUAAACAUUGUGCAUUAAUAAAUUCAUUUCCUAUUCAAGGCUUCCUUUGUUCUUUAUCUUAAAAAGUUUUAGUUCUGUCAGGUGGCAAAG